AUGCGGUUAACAUGGCUUCUCAUCUUCUUCUUCGUCUCCGUCCUGGCGCCCCGGGCGUCAGCGGUCGACUACAUCGAGUCCGAUGCGCUUAGCGUCUGUAUGGAGAGCAGCAACUUCACAGCAACCUACUUCAACGUCAUGUUCUAUCCCGGAAAUCGCAGCUUGGAGUUGAAUUUCGAGGGGUUCUCCGCUGUCAGCGAUUUUAUCCUAGCUGAAGUCACCCUUACUGCCUAUGGCUACAAGGCAAUACAGCAGACCAUCGACCUCUGCAGCUUCUUGAGCCAGCAUGUGGACUUGUGUCCGAUGCGUGCUGGCGUAAUCAAGCCGCCCGUCAUUCAUAUCCCCGUUCCGGAGUCAACAAUCCAAGGCAUUCCUAGUAUCGCAUACACCGUUCCUGAUCUCGAUGCGUCCGUUCAGGCCGUCCUUUACAACAGGGAGACCAAGGAGAAGAUUGCGUGUGUACAGGCUAGCCUCUCUAACGGCAAAACUGUCUACCAGGAAGCAGUCGCUUGGGUUACUGCCAUUAUCUGCUGUCUAGGCUUAAUAGCAUCUGCCAUCACCUCUGGGCUAGGACAUUCUAACACCGCGGCUCACGUUGCGGCUAAUGUCCUCUCACUUUUUGGGUUUAUGCAGGGGCAGGCAAUGAUAGGCAUGACUUCGGUUCAUAUGCCCCCAAUCGUGGAAUCAUGGACUCAGAACUUCCAAUGGAGUAUAGGAAUCAUCCAUGUGGACUUUCUCGACACAAUCUGCACCUGGUAUCAACGAUCAACAGGUGGAACCCCUACGGCUCUGUUAUCAGAGCUUUCGACUACCUCGGUCGAGAUUCUUAGGCGCCGUAAGCGUGACCUCCUUGAUCCGGUGAUAGAACCCGCGGUGAAGUUCCUUAAGAGAGCUACUACCUAUUUGACCAAGAGGGAAUCAUCGGGUACCCAAAAACUCGUGGUCGUACGAGGUAUUAGCCGUGUUGGAUUCAGAGCGAACAUCGAGGAAACUAAUGUCUUCCUAACUGGUCUCAUCUUCUUUUUCGUCUUCGUCCUACUUGUCAUGAUUAUCGUCAUAUCCUUUACAGGGAUCUGCGAGCUACUCGUCAGGUAUGGUAAAAUAAAAAGCGACAAUUUCCAAGAAUUCCGGAAAAGCUGGAAGGUGGUCCUUCGUGGUAUCCUAUUCCGACUAUCGCUAAUUGGCUUCCCCCAAAUGUGCCUUCUUUGCAUGUGGGAGUUUAUCCAGCGGGAUUCGCCCGCUGAGGUUGUCCUAGCGGCGGUGAUGUUUCUAUCCUUAUUCGUCUCGCUUAGCUGGGCUUCCCAGAAGGUGAUUCGGUUGGCUAAACGCUCGAUUAUGCUUCACAAGAACCCGGCCUACAUCCUAUACUCGGACCCAACUUACGUGAAUAAGUGGGGCUUCCUCUACGUGCAAUACCGUGCGACAGCAUACUACUUCAUUGUGCUAGUUCUCGUUUAUAUUCUCGCUAAGGGAAUGUUCAUCGGUCUUAGUCAACCUGACCCUAUUGUACAAUCUGUGGCUCUAGUCAUACUUGAAGCAGCGAUGCUAGUCAGUGUCUCUAUUCUCCGUCCGUGGAUGGACAAGAAGACCAACAUUUUCAACAUUACGAUUGCUGCGGUUAACUUCCUUAACGCGAGCUUCCUUCUAGUCUUCUCAGAUGUAUUCAAUCCUCCAGGCAUGGCGACUGGUAUCAUGGGUGUCAUCUUCUUUGUCUACAACGCUGUUUUUGCCCUAGUCCUCAUAAUCCUUGUUCUGAUUGCCGCGGGUUAUGCUAUCUUCUCGAAGUACCCUGACACGCGUUAUCAGCCGAUGCGGGAUGACCGCGGCUCCUUCAUCAAGACACACACCAACCUCAACUUGAAUACCGAGUUAGAUGCCCUAGGUGUGACCGCCCGCAACGAGCCUAAGGGAGGCCACGAGCAGCACAGCCAAUUUGAGAAUGAUCGCGCUUCUAUCUCUAGUGGAGACUGCAACAGCGUCCACCCCAACUAUGCUCCUCAGCCUUCAGCGUCGCCUAUCGACCCGUCUACGUCGCUCUUCCCCAGCAGCCGCGGCGCUUCUCCCAACUACGACCAUUUUCGGGGCAUUCCGACCUCAUCCGGGGCCUGCGAUGGCCCCGUGGGCGCAUCAGCGUUGACGACAACCUACAGAUCUCAAAACAACUCCAGCCCUUGGCAACGAGGAGCCGGCUACGACCACUAG